AUGGAUCUUCGACGCAGAAUACUUGCGCUUUGUGCAAAUGUUCUGGGUGAAGAUUGGGCGAAUGUAAAAGCGCGCAAUGUCAACGUCGUGCGAAUGCGAGGCCUAACAAACCUUGUUUACAUCGUUUCUCGUGAAAGGCUGUCGCCGGAAGAUAAAAAUGAUGCCGUGGUGCUUCGAAUACAGUCUCAAACAGAUUACGAGAAAUUGAUCAAUGAGCUAGUGGUUCUCAUGACUUUGGCAGAGAGUGGUCUUGGACCAAAGCUGCUUGGCGUUUUUCCUGGCGGGCGAUUUGAGCAGUACAUACCGAGCAGACAUCUCCAGCAUCAUGAAGUGACAGACUCAAGAAAUUGUGUUCUGCUAGCCCGUCUCCUCCCACGAUUCCACUCAGCCACCGUACCUGUAUCCAAACAGCCUAGCCUACUCCACAUGAUGCGUGAAUGGUUAGCGCUCUUCGGGAAGCAAGGCACUUCUUCAAUCCAGAUGGAGACUACGUCGUUCCAGUUGCCUGCCAACACGUUCCCAUCUACACUUUCCCUCGAUGACAUUGCUCGGGAAAUCGAUCUCGUGGAAGAAUUUCUUUCCACCUCCACCUCUCCCAUCGUCUUUUGCCACAAUGAUCUAACGUCUGGAAAUCUUCUGCUGAGCUCGCAUUCUGCCAACGAUCCGAAGUUUUCCAUAGAUGACGAUGCUGCACCAACGCUCGCUGAUAUUGCGGCGAACAGGACCACUAGCAGAGAUGUCUCGUUAAGUCUGGUAGAUUUUGAAUUUAGUGGCUACAACUAUAGGGGGUUUGACUUAGCAAACUACUUCUGCGCUGCAGCUAUUGAGCACAUCCGUCAUGAUUUUCCGCACUAUCACAUCAACGUUGGCAAGCUGCAAGAUCAUCACGUUAUGUUGAAGUUUUGCAAGGAGUAUGUAACUAGAGCCAAAGAGCUCAACAUCAGUAUUAAGUCAGAAAACAAUCUACUUUGGGAAAUUGAGCAGUUCAUGCCUGUCGUACAUCUUUUCUGGGCAAUCUUCAACCUAUACUGCGAAAAGGAUACACUUGCAAUAAUGGAUUGUGCGGCGUAUGCACGCGACCGCCUUGCACUCUUUUACCACAGUCGAGAAGCGCUUGAAGCGGCUCACUGA